AAACAUCCUCUUACGUCGACAUCCACAAGAGGAGCGAGAGAGGGAGAGCUGAGCGCGGCACGCGGGUAGAUCCUCUCAAACCAUUUUACCUGCUCUGUCGCUAAACCAUGUCGUUGAGCCCAAAGCACACAACGCCGUUUUCAGUGACAGACAUCCUGAGCCCGAUUGAGGAGACCUACAAGAAGUUUGGUGGCAUGGACGGUGCUGGCAACCUCGGACCUCCUCUGGGGGGCUACCGUCAAGCCCAGGUCUCCCAGUCCAGCAUGCAGCAACACGCCAUGGGACACAACGCCACGGUGGCGACCACUUACCAUAUGCCACACGGCGUCUCUCAGUUUUCACACGGGGCCAUGGGAGGCUACUGCAACGGGAGUAUUGGCAACAUGGGGGAACUGCCCUCAUACCAGGACACCAUGAGGAACAGCGCUACAGGGAGUGGCUGGUACGGCGGUACGAACCCGGAUCCCAGAUAUUCAACAAUCUCCCGCUUCAUGGGGACAUCUUCAGGGAUGAACAUGUCUGGAAUGGGGACUUUAGCGGGAAUGACAGAUUCCACCAAGCCUAUGGCACCUUUGCACGCAGCCCCAAGGAGAAAGAGAAGAGUAUUGUUCUCCCAGGCCCAAGUCUACGAGCUGGAGCGACGCUUCAAGCAGCAGAAGUACCUGUCCGCUCCCGAGAGAGAACACCUGGCGAGCAUGAUUCACCUCACCCCGACCCAGGUCAAGAUCUGGUUCCAAAACCAUCGCUACAAGAUGAAACGCCAGGCCAAAGACAAGGCUACUCAACAAAUGCAGCAGGAGAAUAACCUGUGUCAGCAGCAACAGUCUCCCAGGAGGGUGGCCGUGCCAGUGCUUGUGAAAGACGGUAAGCCCUGUCAAAACGGCUCCAGCACCCCUACCCCCAGCCAACAAGCUCAGCAGCAACAGGGCGCCAAUGGGAUCCUCCCAGUCGCCAGCAACACCAUCUCUCAGCAACAGAAUCAACAAGUGAAUUCACUCGCUCAAACCCAAGAUCUCGCCCAAGUGUCGCCAAAUCCAUCGUCUAUUCACAAUUCGGUCACUAACAUGUCUCAAAUGGACACGGCUACUGCAGACUACACGGGUAAUAUGGUGAAUCCUGGCCUGCUGUACGGUCGGACCUGGUAGAAAUUCCUUACCAAGGCACGAGUGGAGAUGGGUGAGACAUUUGUAUAAGGUUUGGACUGGCAAACUUUGCAAAACAUACCCAGAACUGCAGCACUCGGGUUCUUUUGGACGUGGUUCUUUUCUGAAAUCUGAGGAACAAUUGACAUGCAACGUAAUGUUAACUUGGAGCCCUCACAGACUUUGGGAAAAGACGCCGCAACACAUAAGAUAAAUACCGGUUAAAUUUUAAAAAAAUUGUGACCAUUUGGAUUUGUUUAGACUGUUGUGUAAUUGUAGUUAACAAGUUGUUGAAUUGGAUCGUGAAUGCUGUUCCAAAUUCGGGGGAGUCAACACGACCAUACACCAGGUAGAACAAUGAAGUGCGAAAUACCAAUUCAUCCAUGGCCCAGCAAUGUUCUACUGGCAACACUAAUACCUUCCAGAUCUUGUUGCGAAUUAGCUGUACAUUCUUGUAAAUUAAUCUCUGGAUUGUGCAGUCAGUUCGAUGUGGUAGCUUAUUGAUUCAAGACUGAAUUAUAUACCCUUCAGAGUUUGGUUAAUUUAAAACAAGGAGCAGAUUGCUGAUGUAAAAAUUUUUUAUAUAUAAAAUGAAAAAAAAAUCAGCAUUAAUGCUUCAAACAGAAAUAAAGCCCUCGGUUUAAGGGAAUGUGCUUGAGACCGACAAAUUGUGAAGUGUGGUUUGAAACUAGUGUGACAUAGAAAGCCACAAAAUGGCCACAAUAUUAGUGAGUAAUCUGGUGGGGGGGGGGGAAUUAAGGAAUAAAUAGCAUGAAAGGAAAACUGUUUCACGAUAAUUUGCCUCUAUUGUUACUGUUAGAACCAGCUAAAAAGCAAUGCGGUUAGCAAUUUGGAAUUGCCGUGUCAUCUAUGAGCUCCUUCGCUGCAUCCAGGCGGUCUAUAAUCCGUUUCGAACGACCAUCGCCUUUAACUAGGCACCGUGGACAUGCCGUACCAAAGCGGCUUUUACUGUCAAUGGGAUCUAACGCGAUUUUGAGCAGUUUUUUUUAGUGGGAAUUCCGAAACAUGUUCAGGAUAUCUCGGGUCUCUCGUGACAUUGUUUCCAACUCAGCAUAUUUUUCGGGGGAUGGUAUUGUUUAUUUAAGUUAAACACGGGAAAUGGACAGCCAGAAAAGAAACGUGGCUUCGUUUAAAUAUUUCCAUAUUUAUAAUUGAACGAGCUUUACAAAGAGACUGAUGCAAAAUCUACGCAUUAUUGACAUUGUUCUCAUCUCGAUGUUGGUUUGUCUAUUGUUGACAUUUAUGUCAAUGGGGAAUUUUAGGUCUUGUUAUUUAUUAUAACGUUUUUAAAAUUCAUUGAAGAUGUCAAACGUAUUUUUCAUCAAAUGCAUACUCGCACAGUUAGAAUAGAAAGAAAACGAAUCAUUUUUAUUACGAAUGACUGUAGACCGGUUGUAAAAUAAACUGUCAUGAAAUCGCCAAAUGCACACUCGGGAUGAUCUCACGGCCGAAUUAUGUUGCCGCAUUUGGCAGAUUGCAGAAUUGUUGAAACGUUGCUCCUGUUUUCACCCCGAUAUCUCUCUCUCUCUCCAACGCGAAAACUGCGUGGAUUCCGAUUAAACCGGAAUCAUCUAAAUUCCUAGCAAUUGAAAUUUGAUUAAAACACCAACAGGGGAGAGA